AUGACAGGUCCAUUCACGACAGUAUCCGUAAUUCAGAACGACGUGGCUGAGAUCAUUGUAGACCGCUGCAUCAAUUGUCACUGGAACGUCGACGCCUCCGCUGGGCCACCGCGCUUUUCGGGCCACACCAAGUCUAACGGAUAUUGUCAAGCUACCGACGCUGGAUGCCAGAGUAAUGGGUGCGACACUCAGCAGCAGAUCGUCGCAACGAAAACCAAGACCAAACGCAAACCGUCGGCUGCUGCGUUGAAGCGGCGUAUGGCCAACCAGAUCCCAGAUGAGAUUAUGAAGGACCCGGAGCUGACCAAGGCCAUCGAGCAGCUGCCAUGGAACUACAACUUCGAGAUCCGCAAGACUGUGUGGCGCAUCCGCCAAGCUGGCAGCAAGCGUGUGGCACUUCAGUUCCCCGAAGGACUUCUUCUCUAUUCUUGCGUAAUCUCGGACAUUAUCGAGCGCUUCACGGGCGCCGACAGUAUCAUUCUGGGUGAUGUGACAUACGGCGCUUGUUGUGUGGAUGACCUCAGCGCACUUGCACUCGGGGCUGACUUCAUGGUGCACUAUGGCCACAGCUGCCUCGUGCCAAUCGACGUCACGUCCAUUAAGAUGCUCUACGUGUUCGUGGACAUUGCUAUUGACGUCGACCAUCUGAUCGACUGCAUGAAGCUGACUUUCCCACCGGAAACCAAGCUCGCUCUGAUGGGGACAAUCCAGUUUAGUAGCUCGAUUCACCUCGUGUCUUCAAGAUUGAAGGAAUACUUCACCAGUUUGGUCGUGCCGCAAGUGAAGCCUCUGUCUCCUGGCGAAGUGCUGGGCUGCACGUCUCCUGUCAUUGAAGGGGUCGACGCUCUCGUCUUCAUUGCCGACGGACGUUUCCAUCUCGAGUCGGCAAUGAUCAUGAACCCGAAGCUGAAGGCAUAUCGCUACGAUCCAUACCCGAAGAUGCUUACGAUCGAAAAGUACGAUCUACCGCAAAUGAUGGAAAUCCGUCGUGCUGCCAUCGACAAGGCCAAGGGAGCAAAGAAGUUCGGUGUUGUGCUUGGAACGCUCGGACAUCAGGGUAACCCGCUGAUUCUCGAUCACGUUAAGGAGCUUUUGGAACAAAGUGGCAAGGAGUAUUUUGUACUUCUGUUGUCCGAGCUGUUCCCCGAUAAGCUUGCUCGGUUCAAGGAUGUUGACGCGUGGAUUCAGAUUGCGUGCCCUCGACUUUCAAUUGAUUGGGGCUACGCAUUCCCGAAGCCGCUGCUUACUGCGUACGAGGCGGAAGUCUGCUUAGAGAAAACGCAGUGGAAGGAAGGUUCGUAUCCGAUGGACUUCUAUGCCAAGGGCAGUGGACCCUGGACGAACUAUCACGAUCGCAAAAAGACUCAAACUGCUGCGUAACUUGUUGCUUUGAGGAGCAAUUGAGGUUCAUUUUGCAUUUUUGUUAAUUGCAUUAAUCACUCUUUCUU